GGGCAAUAUCCAGUCUUAAGCCUAACAGGAGGAACAUUUCAGCAAAAACAUCGUUUCUCCUUAUUCUAAAAAAUGGCGAGAAGGAAGUUUACCAACUUGGAAGCAAUGCUUAUUGCUUUGUUCGUUAUGAUGACUAUUGUGGCCAUUGCUUUAAUUGUACUUUCAGCCACUAGCAAACCAGAAUGUCCCGACAAAGAUACAGUAGAACCUUUCACCCCAUUUUGUUCUUUCGCCAUUCAAGAUAAUGAUCGAACUAACUGCUAUCCAGAAGCUGGAGCUUCAAGGGAACGCUGUGAAGCCCGAGGUUGCUGCUGGAAACCAGUGACCAAUGGAAGUGGGCCUUGGUGCUUUUUCGCAGUGAAUAUUGGAUACAAAGUCCAAGAAAGUGUAAAGAAAACACAAACAGGGUUUGAAACUCUACUUCACCGUAUUCCUUCUCCCUCCCUUUAUGGAAAUGAUAUUGAAAUACUGCGAUUGACCACUGAAAUUCAGACACCAAAUCGCUUCCGAUUCAAGAUUACAGAUGCUAACAAGCAUCGAUUUGAAGUUCCGCAUGAAAUCAUUAAACCAUUUGAUGGUCCUGCAGUGCCAAAUCCUAAUUAUGAAGUUGAGCUUGCUAAGAAUCCUUUUGGAAUUUUAAUCAGGAGAAAGUCCACCAGGACUGUGCUGUUUGAUACUACAGUCGCACCAUUGAUUUUUGCUGAUCAGUAUUUGCAAAUAACUGCAACACUUCCUAGUCACAACAUCUAUGGGCUGGGAGAACAUGUUCAUAAACACUAUCGUCAUGACACCAACUGGAAGAUCUGGCCUAUCUUUACCAGAGAUGCAUUUCCUAAUGGGGAGAUGACUAAUCUCUAUGGACAUCACACUUUCUUUAUGUGCCUGGAAGUAGAGGAUGGAUUAGCCUUUGGUGUUUUCUUGCUGAAUAGCAACGCAAUGGAGGUUGAACUUCAGCCAAGGCCAUCAGUAACAUAUAGGACAAUAGGUGGAAUUCUGGAUUUUUACAUUUUUGUGGGUUCUUCACCUGAGGAUGUUGUUCAUGAAUACUUAACACUGGUUGGCAAACCAUUAAUGCCUCCAUAUUGGUCUCUGGGAUUCCAACUUAGUCGCUGGGGUUAUAAAAACCUCAGCGAUGUUGAAGCUACAGUGGCGAGGAACAGAAAAAUUAAUUUGCCAUAUGAUAUCCAGAUCACUGAUAUUGACUACAUGGAAAAUAAAAAGGAUUUUACUUAUGAUAUGGAAAAAUUCCACAAUCUACCUGAAUUUGCUCAUGAUUUACAUGCACAUGGCCAGAGGUACAUUAUCAUUCUGGAUCCAGCCAUAAGCACUCAGGCACUAAUAAAUGGUCCCUAUGAAUCUUAUGAUAAGGGCACAAGAAUGGGAGUAUGGGUCAAUGAAUCUGAUGGAAAGACACCCCUUUUUGGAGAGGUCUGGCCAGGUGAAACUGUCUUCCCCGAUUACACAAAUCCCCAGUGUAUUAAAUGGUGGGUAGAGGAAUGUUCGAACUUCCACCAAAAGAUAAAUUAUGAUGGACUUUGGAUAGAUAUGAAUGAAGUGUCAAGUUUUAAGCAGGGUUCAAUAAAAGGAUGUGUUAAGAAUCAAUGGAAUUAUCCUCCUUUUGUUCCAAAGAUUCUUGAUGGAUUGAUGUACUCUAAGACCCUUUGCAUGGAUGCCAGUCAAACUGGAGGAAUGCAUUAUGAUGUUCACAGUCUUUAUGGACACUCUAUGAUACUUGCAACUGAACAAGUAAUUAACCAUGUGUUUCCUGGAAAAAGAAGCAUUAUUCUAUCUCGAUCAACAUUUGCUGGGUCAGGAAGUUACUCAGGACACUGGCUGGGAGAUAAUGCAGCAAACUGGAAUGACAUCAAGUGGGCAAUUCCUGGGAUGCUUGAGUUUAAUCUUUUUGGUUUUCCAUAUAUAGGAGCAGAUAUUUGUGGUUUCUUUGAUGAUUCACCUGAAGAACUAUGUAGGAGAUGGAUGCAGGUUGGAGCAUUUUAUCCAUUUUGUAGGAACCACAAUGCUGAGAACUACAAACCUCAAGAUCCUGCCUAUUAUGGCGAAGACUCCCUUUUAGUGAACAGUUCCAGGCAUUACUUGAAUAUUCGAUAUACAUUGCUUCCUUACCUCUAUACACUCUUUCACAAGGCCAAUGUUUAUGGAGCCACUGUAGUUCGACCACUGCUUCAUGAGUUUCCUACAGACAGUGCAACAUGGACUAUUGACCGUCAGUUCCUAUGGGGACCUGCUCUUCUUAUCACACCUGUGCUGGACCCUAAUACAGAAAUUGUCCAUGCCUAUGUGCCUGAUGCAGUUUGGUAUGAGUAUGAAACAGGUUCUGCCAUAUCGGCUCAUAAGCAGUUUAUGGAUAUGCGUUUACCAGGCGAUAAACUGGGGCUUCAUGUCAGAGGUGGAUUUAUCUUCCCAACACAGCAACCAGCAAACACUACCUUUUAUAGUCGGAAGAAUCCAUUGGGUCUCCUCGUUGCCCUUGAUGAACAAGAGAAGGCUAGUGGAGAAUUAUUUUGGGAUGAUGGAGAAUCCAAAGAUACUUACGAAAAGGGGGUCUACACUGCCUAUCAAUUUACAGUUGCAGAGAAUGUUUUAGAUAUUAAAGUACAACAACGGGGAUACAUUGACCCAAACAACCUUAUAUUUGAAGAAAUAAAAUUCCUUGGCAUGAAUAGUGUUCCAACAUCCGUCAUUGUGAAACAUGGUCAGGAUGUCAAAACUUUAUUGCCAGAAAAUAUCAUUUAUCAUCACGCCACUAAGGUUGCUUAUUUUACUGGUCUUCAGCUAGAACUAGGAGAAUCAUAUUCAAUAGAAUGGAAUUCUUCUUCAAUAAUAAGGAUUGACUGUCAUCCUGAAGAACAUGCAAAUGAAGCUGCUUGUCGAAAGCGGGGUUGUAUAUGGGCAAGCAGUCCCGAAGUUUCUGAACCAUACUGCUUUUAUGAGAAAGACUACGGUUACCUCCUGAACAAAGACAAGGGAAUUACAGUAACAGAACGUGGAAUGACAGCUGAAAUUAUGAGAAAUAAAGCAUAUCCAGAACGUUACCAAGGCAUUACCCCAACUGUGCAAAUUCUGCAAGUUGAUGUCACAUACCUGAAUGACCAUAUGUUGAAUUUUAAGAUUUUUGACCCAAAGGCGAAACGAUUUGAGGUUCCAAUCCAGCUAAACAUUCCCAAAAGGACACAACAUGAUAAUUCUACAAGACUUUAUGAGGUUCAAGUUGUCGAUUUUCCAUUUGGAAUCCUGGUCAAAAGGAAGAGUACGGGUGCAGUGAUUUGGAAUUCCCAAUUGCCUGGUUUAACAUUUACUGACCAAUUUAUACAAAUUUCAACACACCUCCCUUCAAAGUAUAUUUAUGGCUUUGGAGAAACCGAACAUCGAAGUUUCAAACAUGAUCUGAACUGGAAUACUUGGGGAAUGUUUGCCAAAGAUCAGCCACCUGGUGUAAAUGUAACACUUCAACCACAUCCUUCUCUGACAUAUCGCACUACUGGAGGAAUCCUGGAUUUUUAUUUGGUUCUUGGUACAAAUCCAGAAAAUGUUGUUGAACAAUACACAGCACUUAUUGGCCGCCCAGUCAUGCCUCCCUAUUGGUCACUGGGAUUUCAGUUAUGUCGAUAUGGAUACAAGAAUACCACUGAAAUUGAGGAUCUCUACACUGGCAUGAAGAAUGCAAAAAUACCAUAUGAUGUACAAUAUGUUGAUAUCGAUUACAUGGAGCGGCAGUUGGACUUUACUCUUGAUGUCGAUGAUUUCCAGAAUUUGCCAGACUUCUUUAAUAAAAUAAGAAGUGAAGGAAUGAGAACUAUUAUCAUCUUGGAUCCAGCAAUUUCAGGAAAUGAAACUAGACGUUAUGAAGCCUUUACCACUGGAAUAGAUAACAAUGUCUUCAUUAAAUGGAAAAAUAGUCUUGAUAUUGUAUGGGGGAAGGUAUGGCCAGAUAUUCCAAAUAUAACAGUAAAUACUUCAAAAGACUGGGACUAUCAAGUGGAGCAUUAUCGAGCUUAUGCUGCUUUCCCAGACUUCUUCCGCAAUGAAACAGUAAACUGGUGGCAUACAGCAAUAAAAGAUUAUUAUGAGAGAACUUUGGAGUUUGAUGGACUUUGGAUUGACAUGAAUGAACCUGCCAGCUUUGUUCAUGGAUCUGUUCAUGGGUGUCAUGAUAACAAACUGAACUAUCCACCUUAUAUGCCAGCUCUUGAAUCAAAGCAUUUGGGACUGAGUCACAAAACCCUCUGUAUGGAAAGUGAACAGUUUCUACCUGAUGGAACUGCAGUAAGACAUUAUGAUGUGCAUAACCUGUAUGGAUGGUCACAAACAAAGCCAACACUUGACUCAUUACAGAAUAUAACUGGAGAGCGAGGGAUUGUGGUGACACGUUCAACUUUCCCAUCUAGUGGCCAAUGGGCGGGACAUUGGCUUGGAGACAACACAGCUGCCUGGAACCAGAUGCAUAAAUCAAUUAUUGGAAUGAUGGAGUUCAGUCUAUUUGGGAUUUCUUAUACUGGAGCAGACAUCUGUGGCUUUUUUAAGAAUGCUACAUAUGAAAUGUGUCUUCGAUGGAUGCAACUUGGAGCAUUCUACCCCUAUUCUCGGAACCACAAUGGAUUGGGCUCCUCUAGACAGGAUCCAGUGGCCUGGAAUGAGACAUUCCAAAACAUCACAAGGAAUGUUCUUCAAAUACGUUACAAAUUGUUGCCAUUUCUCUACACAUUGAUGUAUGAAGCUCACGUUCAAGGCAGUACAGUAAUUAGACCAUUACUUCAUGAGUUUUUUGAAGACAAAAAUACGUGGGAUAUUGAUCGUCAGUUCCUCUGGGGUGGGGCACUGAUGAUUAGUCCUGUGUUGGAUCAGGGGGAAACUUCUGUGCAUGCAUAUAUCCCGGACUCUCUCUGGUAUGACUGGUUUACGGCCAAAAGCAUCCCUCAAAGACGUAAGUGGAUUGAUAUGCCGGCACCAUUCGAUCACAUUAAUCUUCAUAUCAGAGGAGGUUAUGUUAUUCCCUGGCAAGAGCCAGGAAAUACUACAUAUUACAGCCGAAGGAACUCCCUGGGACUUAUAGUUGCUUUGGAUGAUAAACAGGUCGCUCGUGGUCAACUUUUCUGGGAUGAUGGUCAGAGCAUUGACACAUUUGAAAAAAAGGAAUAUUUCCUGGCUAAAUUCACCGCUGAUGAGAACAGGGUGCAAACUGAAAUUGUUCACGACAAUCCAAAGAGUACAGCAAGUGAAGUGAAAUUGGGACAUCUCCAAGUCUGGGGACUGAGAAACUUUCACUCUACAAAUGUCACUGUAACUUAUGAGAACAAUAAUCACACAAUCAACAAUGUUGAGUACAAACCUGAAUCACAGGAACUCUAUGUUCAAAUGACAGAUAAAAAUUUCCAGAUAGACAAGCCAUUGGAAAUUUUUUGGAAUACACCAUGAGUAUUAGUUCUAUGUAUCUGAUGUGUAAAGUUUUUAAAUGAGUUUUGUUAUCCCAUUGUUGAUUAAUGAAGAUUUCAGAGGAACUUACUGAAGAAAAGUCCUACAUUUAAUAAAAGUGGGUUACUGCGAAUGCUAGAAAUCUGAAUUAAAACCAGAAGGUGCAAGAGAAAAUCUACAAAUCUGGCAACAUCCAUGGACAGGUAAACAGAGUCAACAUUUUGAGUCUGACGUAUCUUCAGAAAUCAUUGGACUCAAAACAUUUACUCUGUUUCUCUCUCCACAAAUGCUGCUAGACCUGUUGUUUUCCUACAACACUUCUUGGAAAAUAUAACAAUUGGAUAUAAAUUUAACUUAAAUACUUGGAAUUAUGAAUCAGAAGAAAUGCUGUUUGAAAUCUUUCAUUAUACUUUAUUUGGGAAAUAAAGUAUUCUUUAUUACUACCCUAUCAUCCUAUUUGCAUUUUUUUUUCGUAUUGCCUUGAAAUGAUGAUAUUAUGAUGCAAACUAUUGCUUGUUUAAACGCAGCAGUUACAAUGCCGCAGUGAAUCUAUCAGCAUUGUUGUAAAUAAUUUAGCAAUGUUAAGUAGGUAAAUGCCACGUGCUUUUUUGCUGGUGAAUUGAAUAUGAGAACAAGGUGUGAUUUGAAAAUUAUACAUAUGCUUGGUUCAGCCACAGUUGAAGUAUUUGCAAUCUGGCUAUCCAUUACAGUUGUUGAAUCUGACUUAAAGUUUUAAUACUUUCACUUCAGAAAGAGAUUCUUAAGCAAGUAUAAUCAAGCCAAAACUGCAAUGAUCAGAGGGGAUGAUCUAAUUUUCUCCAUGACACAUAGCUUUUAUCCUUUUUUACUUCAAAUCUUUCCUUCUGUAUUUUCACUAUUAACUUUUCAUUUAUGUAGCUUAAUCAAUGGUUGUGUAAUAAACUAACCUAUUAUUUCGCUCCAAUCGUAAAACUAUGGUGCUGCUUAGUUUUGAAUUGAAAUACUCAAACCAAAAGGGAAUUACAUAUGAACUGAAACAAAUUCUUUGCCCAUGGACUAAUCUGGGGACCUAUCUGCUGGGUGGUCACAAUACACUGAUUUGGCAUUUGUUUUAGAUCUGUGGAAAUACAGAAGGGCUGACCCAUGAAUCAUUCAACUAACUCCUUCUGGGGCAUAAUAUAAUGAAUUUACAGGUUAGAUUCUUGGGCAUGAAGUUCUUGCAGGGGUUUCCGGCUUAUCUGCUACAUCUCCCUUUGAUAGAAGGGAGAGAGGUAUAAGAAUAAAAAUAGUCUGUUUGCAAAUAUAGAGUCCAUUACUUUGUUGUUAUCUUCAUAAGGUUAGCAAAUUUUCACAAGAACUUGAAUGCCUUGAGGACUUUCUUAAGUGAUGUCUCACAGUCCCAUUCCAUCACUACUGACAGUGCAUUCACCUGAAAAGUAAUUUUCACCUAUUUGCCUCCUUGAAUCAGUUUCCAAUCUCCCUGCAGCUGCUUUCUGCACUUUUUAACUGUACUAUUUAUGCAUGCUUCCAGCCACAUGACAAAAUAAUUCUGAAAUUUUAGUGAGGGGUUCACUUAGCAAUGUCAUCCACAGAAUGUAAGAUAAAUCUCUUUAAUUUCACUAGUAAUUUUUGCAAAUCAACAGGUAAAUUUAGUCACUAUUGUUUCUCCACAUGCAACUGAUAAGUAGCCUUUUUCUUUCUAUUUUUCCUUUUCCUUAUGGCUUUCCUGAUUUUAUUUCACAAAUAGUCAUAUUGUUUGUUUAUUCAUGUUCAAAUUAGAUAAUAUGAAUGACUAAGGAUUAGAAAUGAAUGGUUGCCAUUAAUUGGCAUAAGUAUAGCUCCAUUCUGCAUAAGUGUUUUAUAAUUAAAAACAAAUUUUCUUAAUGUGUUACAUCUUCUUGCUAGACUAUUUUUGCUAAAGACCUUUUGAAAAUGUAUAUGUUAAAUAGGAUGAAUGGAAGUUGCUUUAAGUCAGUAUUUUUGAUCUCAAUCUCAUGUACUGUAUAUGGAAAGAAAUGUACCAAGAAAUACAAUUAAAAACUAUACAUCUUC